CACCAACGUGGGUUGCAUUCCUGAGCUGACAAAACAGUAAUAACUGCAGAUUUGUCACCUAUAUAAGAUUUUUCUCUUGUUGAAAGAAAAAUACCCAAAAUGUCGGAAUCGCAGGAAAAUAAAGAUUGCAAAGGCGGCAAUACCACACGGGCUGCUAGCGUCAUCAAACGCUCAGCCGCUGGAAAUGUUUGUCCAAUAGAAGAUCUGGAUCGCGCUUGCGAUAUUACACAAGAUUCGGCUAACACAAACGCGCCAACAUCUGGACCCACAACAGGUGCGUCAAAUGAAGUUGUCGAAUCGGCCGUCGUCAUUCCAUCUCCGGCUUCUGACUUCCAGCAGCCGGCUCGCAUCAUGACACGCUCACGUAGACCGUUAGAGAAUGCUGCCACCGCUGGCCAGCAAAGCCUGAAUGAAAUGCGCCCGCCACGUACCCCCUCCCGUCAGGGCAUGACUUUUGUGCAAGAUACUCAUGUGAACGAGGCACCUAGGAGAGGCGUGAGAAGUCUUCCUACUUCACCAGAACCAAUGGACACCGACGCUGUAAUUACGGUUGUUCCAGAAAGUGACGGAGACUCAAAACAUGAAUCCUCUGCCAACAAUAAAUCAUCAAUUCGUAGCAACAUUACCACGCGCUCAUUUAGCACAAUUAGAAGACUAGGUGACACUGUUGCAAAUGCAUCUGGACGCGAAGAACGUGUCGGGCGCGAUAGACGAGUAAUGCGAAUCAAACAGUCUCUGAGAAACAGCUCGUCCAGUAAUAAUCCUAUUUUUGUGCGCCGAACGCACGGCCGCCACAGCCGGACCUUACGUUCUAAUCUACGGAAUAUCAUUGACGGCAGUAUGGGUUCCCUAAAACCUACACCGAUACCGACUAUUAUUAAUACCUAUCGAGGUAAACGAGAUGCUCAGAAAGCCGACACCUCCCGAGAUAGAAAGACAAAAACGAGGAACAUACCAAUUGCUUCGGGCACAUCCGAGCCUAUUACCAGCGCAGCAACCAUCACUUCUGACCAUUCCACGAGUUCAACUGCCAUCGCCGCAGAUCCUGUGAUACAACAGAUUGACACUUCUCACUCCAACCCACACCCAACAACAGAAUCAUUCACGGCACAAAUGCCUACGAAAUCUCCAUCUGCAACUUCUACAUUGCAGACUAUCGCUCACAAUCAAGACAGUGCAACGUCUGUAGUGGUUGCCAACGCUUCCGAAUCCGGUACUACCGCUAUGCCACGCUCGACCAACGACGGAACCCAGGUCUUGUCUCAAGAAGCACUCAAAAUAGUUACGUUACCAGCAGACAUCACAUCUCAAGAGGAAAUAGUUGACCAAGCCACAAUUGAAAUACGCAGAGAUGACCAAAUAUCGAUUUCAUUUUCCGAGCUCCAUCCUGACGAUUCCAACGUCGCCGAAAAUGUCACGGUAUCCGAUAACAUUACGUGCAAUGAAGAUUCAGUGCCAGAUAUUACUGUGUCGACGAACGCAAGUGACGUCAUCAUGAUAUCAGACAACGUUGAUGUGCGCUCUUUAAGCCCAACGGUCUCCCUGCCGUCCAUGCCGUUACUAAGAACCACGCCAUCGCCCUCCGUUGAAUCCGAUUCUGCAACUGUGCAGCAAUUAUGCAGCGAUGACAUCACGUCGAAAUAUUCCUCAGAUAAUGGUGAGAAAGAAGAAAAGAAAGAUUAAGAGAACACUGUGUCGUCUCUUUCCGCUUUGGAUUUGAAGAUCUAUUGAAAUCAUCGAAUAUUUUGAUGACGAAUACCUGUUCUAAUAUUGAACAUUAUCUUUACGACAUUUAGCAUUACUCCUUGAACAUGACGAUAUUAUGUAUAGCAGCGUUUACCAAUACGCCUACUGACGUUUCCAUAGUACUAUUUCUGUCAACAUAAUAAAUGUUUAUACCCUGUAUUGAACGUCCCUACCGUAUAAUUCAUUGUGUCUAUAUUGAUAAUAUAAAUUAUGCAUUAACAAUAAUAUCUUAGGUUAAAUCUUGAAAUGCAUUAUUCUGAUCUCCGUAUUAUAAACUCUAAUAGCAUGAAAGUUUUGUUGGUGGUAGGAUAUAUUUUAUAUCCGCCUGGAUAGCGAUUAUCGUACACAAGGUGUAAAACCCGCCAUAAUGGCUCACGUAGGUGUACCGCGUUCCGUCGUCAGCCUGUGCAU